CACUUUUCACUCACCACCGGUCGCAGACUUACUCCACUCCGCAGUCGGUGUGUCCAAAACUCACUAUUCGCAUUCUCUCAUCAAACGCCCGACGAACACGUUUUUGUAUCGCAAGACGUAUUGUAUAUUUUUUAACAUCAUUCCAUUCACCUUUUACAGUUAACAUGCGUGAAUGUAUCUCUGUGCACGUUGGUCAAGCAGGAGUUCAAAUUGGUAAUGCUUGCUGGGAACUGUAUUGCUUAGAACAUGGAAUUCAACCUGAUGGUCAAAUGCCAUCUGAUAAAGCCAAUGGUGAUGACAGUUUUAAUACUUUUUUUAGUGAAACUGGCUAUGGUAAACAUGUUCCAAGAGCUGUUUUUGUUGACUUGGAACCCACUGUUGUUGAUGAAGUACGCACAGGCACAUAUAAACAACUUUUUCAUCCUGAACAAUUAAUAACGGGCAAAGAAGAUGCAGCCAACAAUUAUGCUCGUGGUCAUUAUACUAUUGGAAAAGAAAUUGUUGAUGUUGUACUGGACCGUAUUCGAAAACUUGCUGAUCAAUGUACUGGUCUCCAAGGGUUCUUAAUAUUCCAUUCAUUUGGUGGAGGGACUGGUUCUGGUUUCGCAUCAUUACUCAUGGAACGUUUAAGUGUUGAUUACGGCAAGAAAAGUAAACUUGAAUUUGCCAUUUAUCCUGCGCCACAAGUAUCCACAGCAGUAGUUGAACCAUACAAUUCAAUUUUAACUACUCAUACGACUCUUGAACAUUCUGAUUGUGCUUUUAUGGUUGACAAUGAAGCAAUAUAUGAUAUUUGUCGCCGAAAUUUGGAUAUUGAACGUCCUUCUUACACCAAUUUGAACCGCCUCAUUGGACAGAUAGUGUCAUCUAUCACAGCUUCAUUGCGAUUUGAUGGAGCUUUGAAUGUUGACUUAACUGAAUUCCAAACAAACUUGGUGCCAUAUCCAAGAAUACAUUUUCCUUUAGUUACAUAUGCACCAGUUAUAUCAGCGGAGAAAGCUUAUCAUGAACAAUUGUCUGUUGGUGAGAUCACUAAUGCUUGUUUUGAACCUGCCAAUCAGAUGGUUAAGUGUGAUCCUCGACAUGGUAAAUACAUGGCGUGUUGUAUGCUGUAUAGAGGUGACGUUGUGCCCAAAGACGUAAAUGCUGCAAUUGCUGCAAUAAAAACUAAACGUUCAAUACAGUUUGUAGACUGGUGUCCAACUGGGUUUAAAGUGGGCAUCAAUUAUCAACCGCCAACAGUAGUACCAGGAGGAGAUUUAGCGAAAGUGCAACGGGCUGUUUGUAUGUUGUCCAAUACUACAGCUAUUGCUGAAGCAUGGGCUCGUUUGGAUCAUAAGUUUGACUUGAUGUAUGCUAAAAGAGCUUUUGUCCAUUGGUAUGUUGGUGAAGGCAUGGAAGAAGGAGAAUUUUCUGAAGCCAGAGAAGAUUUAGCAGCUUUAGAAAAAGAUUAUGAAGAAGUGGGUUUGGAUUCAGUCGAAGGCCAAUUUGAUGAAGGCGGUGAAGAUUUUUAGUUAAAAAAAGAAAAACUAUUUUACUGUAUUACUUGUGAAUAAUAACUUUGUAUUAACAAUUAUUACUUAACAUAUAAUUUAUGAAAACUAUAUUCUAUUAAGCAAUAAUUGUCAAUACAAAUAUAUGUAAUAAAAUUAUUUUGAAAAAACUGGCACUAUAAAAACAUUUAAAUAAUGUGCAAGUUAUUUUAUUU